UUUCGCGUUUCUCUCUCUCUCUUCCCCCUCCCUCAACUCGUUUCUCUCUCCUCGGUCCUCGCCGGGGCGCUUCCUCCAUUGUCGCAUUCUUGUUGUUGUGUUCACCUCCAGGGGAGGUUUAGCUCUCAGUCUGUCAUGGCUUUUGCUUCUUUUUUUUGAAGUCUCGGUAAGCUUCAAAAGGGAAAGUGGGAAAAAGAAAAGCGAGGGAGCGCCAAAUACUUUUUCUCGCUUUACCUCAAUCCCUCCUCCAUGAUCACUCCCUUUUCCUUCCCGUUUCUUUCUCCGCUGCUGGGUCCUCUCUGUUUUUCUUGAUUUUUCCUCUUUCCGCUCGUUUUCUCGGAACUUUUUGGGGCCCUGUUUCAGAGGGGAAGUGGCCUGCUGAACUUCAGCUUUGGAAGCUUCAAGUUUCGAAAUUGGCGUCGCAUUUUGAAUCCCCCUCGCGAAAUCUGAUCUGGGUCUCGCUUUUCUUGCAUGAUUCUUGUGCCUGUUGCGCUCUUUGGAUCUGAUAGGGAAGUCUAGGGUUCAUAUCAUUAGUCAAAACAGAGGAGGGCCUCGCUUUUCCUUCUUUUCUCUCCUUUUGUUUCUGGAAUUUUCCUUGGGUUUUGGAAAGUUGGGUCUUUUCUAGAUUCUCAAAAUUUAUGCUCAACAGCGAAAGGAGGGGGGCCUUAGAUUCCCUUUCGAAAUGCUCCUUUGAUUUCCAAUCUUCCUUUUCCUCUUAAAAGCUUCCCCUGUGCUUCUCCUCUGCUUUAACCAAUAUCUGUUCUCUUGCUCUUUGAACUUUUCCAAAUGAGGGAAUAGGUGUUAGUCCGCGACAUUGAAUAGCCUUGCCCUUUCCUGAUGCUAUUAGCUUCUCGCGAGAUGAAUCGGGAAAUGGAAAUCCUAUCGCCGGCGUCGUACCUUCAGAACUCGAACUGGUUGUUCCAGGAGAGCAAGGGGACGAGAUGGACCCCCGAGGAGAACAAGCAGUUCGAGAACUUGCUGGCGGUGUACGACAAAGACACGCCGGAUAGGUGGGUGAAAGUGGCAGCUUUGAUCCCCGGGAAGACCGUGGGUGACGUGAUGAAGCAGUAUAGGGAAUUGGAGGAAGAUGUGAGCGAUAUCGAAGCUGGGCUUAUUCCGGUUCCGGGGUAUGGGAGCAACUCCUUCACAUUGGAGUGGAUCAAUAGCAACAAUGGUUGUGACGGGUUGAAGCAAUUGUACAGUACCCUUGGAAAGAGAGGCACUUCAACAAAACCCUCUGAUCAGGAGAGAAAGAAAGGUGUGCCGUGGACCGAAGAAGAGCACAGGCAAUUUUUGAUGGGUCUUAAGAAGUAUGGGAAAGGGGAUUGGAGGAACAUCUCGCGCUACUUUGUGACUACUAGGACUCCGACUCAGGUCGCCAGUCAUGCCCAAAAAUACUUCAUCAGACAACUCACGGGAGGCAAGGACAAGCGGAGAUCCAGCAUUCACGACAUCACGACAGUUCAUCUCCCAGAUAGCGACCCGCCUUCACCAGUCAAAAGGCAACCCGCCUCGCCCGACAAUUCUUCCACGAUCACGAAGCUACCGCCGCAAGCACAGCCGCAUGAUCAUCAUCCGAAGAUCGAAGAGACGAGCAAAGAUCACCUGUGCUGGAACAACCAAUUGAGCGGAGGGUUGGCGACGGCAUAUGACCAAGUAGGCGUUGACUCUGCCUUAGGGCCAUUUCGUGCGAUUUCUUCUUACGGGAAUAAGUUGCACGAGCAGAGAUUCCUCAUGGGGGGACUGCACGGCGCCCAGUUCGAUCCUUAUUUCCUGAUGCAACCUAUGCACCAUCAGUGAAAGUGCCUCGGUGGGGAUUUUGCAUAAUGUGUGAAGGUUAAGGGAUGUGUGGGAUCAUUCAGCAACGCCUGGUCAUUAAUCCAAAAGUGCUGUCUCUUUAAGAGGUUUAUGUGUGAAUACAUUUGAUGAGAAGGUCUUAAGGUUUAGGUCACAGUGAGGAGAGAACGUUCAAAGGAAAGCAAUCUAGUUCGCAUUGCCAUCUGAUGUCCAGAUUCUGAACCCACUUGAAUAUAACUGGAUGCUUAUUUCCUCGACACAUUGCGAUUUGUGUUUAUCCAUAUCGGGCUCGAGUCUUGAAGGUAACGAGCAUCGACUCACCGAACGUUUUUGUCCA